UCAGCCAGUCUAGAAUGCGGGAGGUGCGGAUGUAUGUUUCGCUCUUGUGCUUGUGUCUUCUUCGACUUGUAUCCGACACCAAUGAGAGCACAGUGUUGUGCAGCAAUGAGUCUGUCUGUCAGUCAACGUGGGGAGUACACAGCGUAUGUGACCAAGGCAAUUGUGACUGUCAGAACUUGUACUAUCUCGCCAACAGCACAACCUGCACUGAGUGCCCAGGUAUUGGGGAGAGCUGCUCUGACUCUCAAUGCUGCAACCAAGACUACCUGAUCUGUCACAAAGGGGUUUGUAUGUGCAUAUACAGCGACUAUUGCUGGACAAUAUCAGCAGCAGAUCGAGAGAGAUUUCAACAUGUGGCUCAAUGCAUUCUUGCAGUUACAUUGAUGCUCACAGCUACCAUCUUGUUCAUUCUCUUUUGGAAAGCUUGUUCAAGGCGAAGUGUGGUGAGACGAAACUUGCGCCAUAACUCUGAUAGCAUUCUCAGUCUCAACUCUAUACAAAGGCUGGUGUUAAUGCAGCUACAAGAUCGUCCUCCUCCGUAUAGUGCCGAGUGGUCUCAACCUACCAAACAUGUGAAUGAACUUUGUGAGCCUCCUCCCAGCUAUAUUGAAGCAGUAGGGACAGCCAGGGUCACUGCGUAUGAAGAGAACUUCACACUUCCCUCCCAUUUAAUAGUUCUCACAAACACUGAAUUACACAUGUAAUUAAUUUGUUACUUGUUAAAAUCAAAAUAAUAUAUAAAAUACUCGGUAAUUAAAAUUAAAAAUCAAUGGCACAAAAUUAAUAAACAGUAAGUGUUUUCCUCAUUACUUAUUUCACAACAUUUCACAGCAACUGUAGACAACAUAUAAUCCUGAAGGUUUAUUUCUUGAUUUGUUUAUACAAUACUUUACCCUACCAAGAAAACUGAAAAAAUAUCACAUUGCAGUUUUAAUCAUCAUAAAUAAUGUUAUACUGUAUGAAUGUUUUCUUUAUUAAAAAAAGAGGAAAAGUAUCUUAAAAUCGUAAUAUAUUGUAGAUAAUUACUAUAGUAUAUUAACAACCUACUUUUAGUAUAUCACUGCAGCCUAAUGCAUCUUUAAUUAACAAAAGUAUUGAAAUAUUGGAUCUUACACAAAAUGAUUAAUUUGAUCAUCUAUUAGAAUGAGGGUUAUAUUAAACAACUGUAAAUUUGGAUACUAUAUAUUUUUCUCCCCUCCCUUACAAAAGUUCCGUAGUGUGUUAAGGUCAUUGCAUCCAAAAAUGCGCAGCUUUUAAGUGCAACAAAACUAACACAAAAUUGUAUAAAAUCUUAUAGAUCUAAGAAUAUAAACAGUAUGUACAACAAAUUGUAGAGUAGCAAUAAAAUGUGUUUGAG